AUGGCAGCAAUUGCCACUUCUUCAGCUUCAUCCACUUUGUCCAAAUCAGGCAGUGCGGCAAGUAUUCGGCCUGCCUUACCAAUGACGCGCGUUACAAUUCGCGACGGCACUUCAAUCGCAAUCAACGACCAUAUCUAUAUUUCAUCACCAUGGGCACCUGGUGCAGGCGAACCGUACUUUAUCGCCCGUGUGAUGGAAUUUGUUACUGCAUCUGCUUCCAGAAAAGGAGCAGCUGUUGUAGCAAGUUCAUCAGGAACAUUACAAGUACGUGCUAAUAUCUAUUUACGACAACGAGAUAUUACACAUCGAGCAAUUUACGAUCCAAGGCUACUGGUUGCAACAAUGCAUUCUGAUGUUUUUGCAUUGGAAAAUAUUCGUGGAAAAUGUCAAGUACGACAUCGUGAUUUGAUCGGCGAUGCACCUGCCGUUUCGGCAUGGAAGAAGACUGAUGAUCACUUUUAUUUUCAUCAAUUGUUCGAUCGUUUUUUACAUAAAUCGUUCGAUGUUAUACCCACGGAUCGCGUUCACAAUGCACCAAAAGAUGUUCUUACAACUUUGAGGAAUCGUUAUUCUUUCAUUGUUGCAGAACCCGGGUUAUCGAUUGACAUUUGCGGUCCUGUACGUUCUUGUAGCGUUUGCGAUGAAUGGGCAGCAGGGUCGGAAUCUGUUCGAUGUGAUACAUGCAAAGAAUAUUUUCAUAUGACUUGCCUUACACCACCUUUGGUUGCUAAACCGGCAAAAGGGUACAGUUGGACAUGUGCACCUUGUUCGAAGAAGAGAGAGCAAUCACAAGGGUUACCGAUGACAAGAGCAGCAGCAAUGGAUGCUUCUAUUGCUUUGACAGCAGGUGGCGGAUCAAGUAAUAUGAACAGUCCUAGUGAGGAUGAUGCCAGCAGUGUAUCCCGUUUACCGGGCAAUCAAGGCUCUCUACGAAUGGGACCGGGAACACGAGGUAGAGGGCGUGGUAGAGGUAGAGGCAGAGGAAGGGGAAGAGGCGGAUACUCGACCACGUCCAGGUUCGCAAAUGGAAGUGAAGAAUCUUCUGUUUCAGAUCAAUCGAGAGAAGUUUCACCUGCAUCGUCAACCGUUUCUGAUCGAAAGACAUUGGAUGAUGAAAGAGGUACAAGGUGCUUCAACAGAUGGCCAUUUCGAUACUUUGGAGAGCAUACUACUGCAAAGGAUGUUUUGGACCCAUAUGACUCUAUUUAUCCUCUUGCAGCACCGAGAUUAGGUGUCAAGUUUCAAGUACCCGUAAUCACAUGGCAGGAACAGCAAGAUCUUGGGCUGGGAGUGUAUGUCCGACCCGAGAACAAUGAAGCGGCAAUACUAACAGAAGAGAUCAAACAGCAACAAACAAAAAGACCUCCUGGCAGACCGCCAAAGAUUAAGAAAAGUACAGAUACAGGUGGAACAAAUACACCGGUUUUGUCUACUUUGCCUUUACCUUCGAUAGAUGGAACUUCAUCCGCUGGCGGUGGUACGCCUGCACCUGGACUUCCAUCGAUAGAGACACCCAAACCACCAACAGAGAAAGAUUUCGAACGUGGCUUGGAUGAAAGUGUGGAUGUAUUAUGGAAACCAAAAGUUGUGGUGGAUAAGGUAAUGGAUGCAUAUAUGCGUUUAUGCGAUAAACAUUUCCAAGCACAUGCUCAUGAAGUCGGGUUGCUAAAUCGUGCCGCUCAAUUGAUGGUUAUCCACAAGGGCAACGGACCAGAGGCACUUGCUAAUUUGUCAAGAAGUACGGAUGAUCAGUUGGAUAUCAUCCAUUGGUCGCCCAAAGAGAGUAAACAAUUCGAGAAAGCAAUCGCUGAAUUUGGAGCAGAUGUAAAAUCACUCAAACGUGCGAUUCCCACCAAAACUCCCGGACAAAUUGUACGAAAGUUGUAUUCGUGGAAAGGACAAAAAUUGGGGGAACAAUGGCAAGAAGAACGACAAAAAUCAGCGGAAGGCAAUAUGGACGAAGAUGCAGUGUCGAAGGAAGACUCUGGCGUUACCAGGGCUGUUUCUCCGUCUUUGUCGAUAUGGAAUGAUGAUAAUGAAGCUAGCACAUCAAAAACAAUUGUGAUUCCUGCUCCUUCAUCUCUUGGAACUCAAGCUUCAAGUAUCAGUACAACCAAUGUAUCUACAAGUUUACAAUCAGGUAGUACUACGCCCACUUCUGUGAACAAGAUAUGCAAGAUGUGCACAACCACACAAUCCCCGAGUUGGUACAAAGGACCCUACUCAUGGCACAACAGAAGACUUUGUGUUAAUUGCGGUAUUUAUUGGCGAAAGUAUGCUGCAGAAUCUCCAUCAGAAAUCCUGACACGAAAGAGAGAAGCCCAAGAAGAAUCAGCAGCUGUGCCUUCUCAUGUUACCAAAGUUGCCAAAUUGGCCAGAUCGGAAUCCGUUAAAGGAUCUUCCAAUACUUCUACACCACCUCCAGUACCUACAGUGACCAAAUUCGAGCCAGGCAAAUGCGUUCUUUGCAAAAAGAUGGAACCAAAGCGCAAUUUGAUUCAAUGUCGACAAUGCUCGCUAAGUGUUCAUCAAGGAUGCUUUGGCUUGACGGAUGAAGAAGUUGCAAGCGAGAUAUGGUAUUGCGAUGCAUGUAUGAACGAAAAGACUUUGGAUGCAGCUUUGAUACCACGUUGUAUCUUGUGUCCUAAACCACCUCUUCCGGCAGAAAUUCCGGUGGUGGCACCAACGGUACGACCUGUAGGCAGACCACGCAAGAAUGCUGCUAAUACGCAAGCUGCCAGUGCUGUUCCAAUCGCACCAUUGGAUGCUUUGGAUGCGUAUAAACCGACGGAGUGCAACAAUUGGACACAUUUACUUUGCGCUCUUUAUAUCAACGAAUUGGCAUUUACCGAACCUGAACAAAUGAAGAUCGUUGAAGGAGCAGGGAAUUUGCCUUUUUGGAGGUACGAAGCGGUUUGUGAUCUAUGUGAAAAGAAGGAAGGCGCUUGUGUUUCAUGUUCGGAACCAUCUUGCAAAAGAACUUUUCACGUUUCUUGUGCACAUAAACAAAAUGGUUUUACGAUGGGAUUGGAUCUUACGCCUGUCAAAAGUACAAGAAGGGAUACGGUCGCCACGGCAACGUUUAAAGGUGAAACUGGUCAUAUGGCUGCAGCAGUAUAUUGCGACAUUCAUGCUGAUGUUGCCAAGUUCCGAAAUUUGAUCGAUUUGAGCGAAAUUGACCCAAAUGCAGAUAUUUCAACAAACAGUAGAGAAAGCAAGACGGCAACUCAGAUAUUCGCUCUUACACAUAAAAACGUCAAGGCACCUUCUUCUGGACUAUCGGUUGGUGGAGCAACUGCAUCUUAUGAUCCAACAAGUUAUCCACUCUUACGAAGAGCAAAGAGAUUUGAUGUCUUAUUGGGAAACGGCACGAUCUGGCACUUUUCAUCAAAUGAGAACAAGCCAAAUAGGAAAAGUCUUACUACCACUUCAGGGUUCAACCGGGCUCCGAUCUCAAAAGAAGGCUCUCUGCUUUCGCUCAUUGGCAGCAAUGCAAUGAAGACGAACGGGGUAAACUUUCAGGACACUAAGCAACCUUUGCGACAUCUAAACGGGAACGCUGCAAAAUCUUCCUCUACAGCAAGUCUGCCACGAGAAUGUCUUCGAUGUGCAACAGAAUUUUCUCCGUAUUGGUGGCCGAUGCCUGAAGAAGCAGAAGUUGAAGUUCAAUCGCCAGACGAAUAUGGUGAUUGGUUUCAUCGUUUCCAAGGUUUACGUAAAGAAGAACAAGCUUGGAAAGAGAGCGGAAGGUUAUAUUCUGAUUUUGAAGAGAGAUUAUCGCCUAGAGAGGUAUCUUCACUACAAAGACCAGUCUUGUGCGUUCAAUGUAGACAUCGUGUUGGACCUGACCUUAGCAAGGUGUAA